AUGUACAUAUUGUUGGCCUUAUGUAGUUAUGUACAUGCGAUAAAUGUGUAAUGUCUCAAUCGACUCAAUGAGAAUACCCAUGGACUGUUUUUGGCUUCAUAUUUGGGUCAGUUUUAUACUGAUAAAAUUCGUAUACUUGGAUAGAAACCUGACAGCAAUUCUAUGUGAACGGCAAACGGUGUCAUUAACAUGUGAUGAAGGAACUAGGAUUCAUAUAAAUGAGGUACAUUUUGGACGAAACGAAGAAGUCUUAACUCUCUACAAUAGAACCCUGACUAGAGAUGAAAAUAAUACUAGGAAAAUUGUUGCAUUAUUAUGCAAUGAACACAACACCUGUCACCUUAAUAACAGUCUAAACAAUUUUACUGGUUUUCUGUCAACGAUACCAAGAAAAAUAAGUUUCACGUAUAGAUGUGAAUUUGAAUAUCGUGGUUGUUUCACAGACAAGGAGGAAUAUGGUCUGCAUAGUCGUGGAUUUUUCUUAGCCGAAAACAUGUCUGCAAAUAUUUGCUAUAUUAUGUGUAACACAGGACACGUCAUUCGUAAUUUUUUUGCUACAGAGAAUGGAGAUCAAUGCUUCUGUGGUAGUACCAUCGGUCUGAGAAAGUUAGAUAAAGGGAAACAGGAAGAAAGCAAUUGUGAAACUCCAUGUGUGUCUAACGAAAAUGAAAUGUGUGGAUCCAUAAACAAAGCGUCAGUUUACGUGUUUGAAACAGAUAAACAACAAAUUGAUUUAGCAUAUACAACGCAGAUGAAUUUGCAUAGUUGCCACUACGGUUCAGGUAUGAAAGACAUCUACGUCAACUCCCUCGAGAGAUCCGAAUAUUGUGAUGAACUGGAUGAUGCUACCCUGUCAAAUACUCAGCAUUGCAAUGGAGAGUUUUACUGUUUUAAUUCGUCAAAAGAAUUCCGUAAUAUUACAGAGGAGUUCCAUUCCUUAAGAAAGUACAUGAAGAUUUCCUAUUCUUGCUUAGGUUAUCCCAAUGCAUCUGUAGGAUCAUUACACUCAAUAAAUGCAAGUAUCGUUGGUGGCGUUUUCGGAGCUUUUAUUCUUACUGUUUGUAUCGUAUUUCUGACCUUAUGUUUGGUAAAAAGAUCCUGUAGUAACAGAAAGAAGAAAAGAAGACCGUAUACAACAGCUAGAAAUGGUUCGAAGAUCCAAGAUAAAGCUUUAUUGGUCAUGUUAUCAUCUAAUAAUCCAUCAUCACCCGGAUACGAGAGUCUGCAGUUAAAUCAUACGGAGUUCUUUGAAUAUGCACAAACCAUGGUUACAGCGGAACAAGAUUUAACCGACGAUGAGGUAAUAAAUGAUCAUUGCUCAAAGCAGUCAGCGAAUGAGAAUAAUGAAGUUAAUCAUUACGAGUCCGUAGAAGCAGCAAAUUAUUCUCAAUAUGAUAAAGGCAGUCCUCGUAAUCAAAGAAGUUUCCAGUCUCUUAAUUCAUCUGAAUCAGUAUUGAACAAAAGUCUAUUUAAUAGUAGCAAUAAAAUCGACGAAUUAUUGCCUGGUAAAUAUAUUACUUCUGAGUCAACGAUAGAAAAUCCAUAUGACACAAUUGAUCCACAAGAAACUGGAUUCACCAGGAGUGAAUCUGACAACAGUAUCAACAUUAAAAUAGAUAAAAAUGCCGGUAGUGAAUAUCCAACUCAAAAGGAUAGUAAAGGAAAUACAUAUACAAUGAUUAAUUCUAAAGAAAGUGAAUUUUACAGAAGUAGUUCUGACAUCAGUAACAGUCAAUUAGAUCAAAUUGUCCAUAAUCAAUGUCAAACUCAAAUGGAAAGUACAGGUAAUGCAUAUGCCGAACUUGAUCCUAAAGAGACUGGAUUUUACAGAAGAAAGUCUGACAACAGUAAAAGUCAAUUAGAUGAAAUUUUCCAUGGUCAAAAACAAACUGAAAUGGAAAGUACAGGUAAUGCAUAUGUCGUUCUUGAUCCUAAAGAAAUUGGACUUUACGGAAGAAAGUCUGACAACAAUAACAGUCAAUUAGAGAAAAUUAUCAAUGGAGGAGAUCCAAUUCAAAGGGAGAGUACAUGUAACGCAUAUGCCAUACUGGAUCCAAAAGAAACUGGAUUUAACAGAAGUAAUUCUUUAGACAAUGCAUUAGAAAAAGUCAUUCCCGGUGAUGAUCUUUACCAAAAGGAUCAUAGUACAGUCAAUCCAUAUUACAUACUUAAUCCAAAAGAAACUGGGUUCAGUAGAAGCGAGGUAGAAAACUGCGAAGCGCUUGAGUGAAAUUACUAUAAUGGAUCCUCCAAGUUUACUUUUUAAGAACAACACAGUAGAGGAUCAUACACGUAAUGCAUAUUCAGUUCUUGAUUCCGGAUUGAAGAUACGGGAUUUAUGUUAAAGGACAGGUUACUGUUCAAAUGAAUGAAACAUCUUUUCAAACAAAUAAUUAACAUGAUUUAUACAGUUAGACUUAAUUUGUAAAAUGAGAAAUUCAUAACAGCUACUUGUAGUGUACGGCUGUAGACGAAAUCGUAUAGAAAAACUUUUCCCAAAACUAAUCUCACAUCUACAUGCAUAUGAUCAUACCAGUGCGAAAAAAACAUAUCAAAUUUCUGCCUGGUUAACGAUUUGAAAAUAACAAUAUUUGAAUACUUAAAAUACUAUUGAAAAAGUCACAAUUUUAUUUUAUUUUCACACGAAACGAGAUGGAAUUUAGAUUUUAUUACAACCGUUGAACACGAUUUUAUUAUAUAAUGACCAGCUUCUGUUUAGGGAAUGCUUUAAUAUUUGGCUUGGAAGUCAACAAUCUUGAGUUGUACAAUGGAGAUCAAAAUUAUUUAGCGAAACUUUUAUAUUAGACCUUCAUAGCUUGGAUUGUUGAGUUAUCUGUAUUACAAUGAUUUGUGUUUUGUCUGGAACUAUAUUAAGUUGAGUAGUACCAUGUGAAAGAUAUCAGACUUAAGAUUUAGUAACCGAGACGCAAUUCAUUUUUUAUACGAAUCAUCAGUGGCGUUUG